AUGGAGGACUUUCUGCUCUCCAAUGGGUACCAGCUGGGCAAGACCAUUGGGGAAGGGACCUACUCAAAAGUCAAAGAAGCAUUUUCCAAAAAACACCAAAGAAAAGUGGCAAUUAAAAUUAUAGACAAGAUGGGAGGGCCAGAAGAGUUUAUCCAGAGAUUCCUGCCUCGGGAGCUCCAGAUUGUCCGAACCCUGGACCACAAAAACAUCAUCCGGGUGUAUGAGAUGCUGGAGUCUGCAGAUGGGAAAAUCUACCUGGUGAUGGAACUGGCUGAGGGAGGGGAUGUCUUUGACUGCGUGCUGAAUGGGGGACCACUGCCUGAGAGCCAGGCCAAGGCCCUCUUCCGCCAGAUGGUCGAGGCCAUCCGCUACUGCCAUGGCUGUGGCGUGGCCCACCGGGACCUCAAAUGUGAGAACGCCUUGUUGCAGGGCUUCAACCUCAAGCUGACCGACUUUGGCUUUGCCAAGGUAUUACCCAAGUCACGCCGGGAGCUGAGCCAGACCUUCUGCGGCAGUACAGCCUAUGCCGCCCCUGAGGUGCUGCAGGGUAUUCCCCACGACAGCAAGAAGGGUGACAUCUGGAGCAUGGGCGUGGUCCUCUAUGUCAUGCUCUGUGCCAGCCUACCUUUUGAUGACACAGACAUCCCCAAGAUGCUGUGGCAGCAGCAGAAGGGGGUGUCCUUCCCCACUCAUCUGGGCAUCUCGACCGAAUGCCAGGACCUGCUCAAGUGGCUCCUGGAACCAGACAUGAUCCUCCGGCCUUCAAUCGAAGAAGUUAGUUGGCACCCAUGGCUAGCAAGCACUUGA